UCGGUCGAGGUACGUCCAGCACGUCGCACAGUUUCCGGUAGAUACAGCACGAUUUAUCAUAUUAUAUAUAGAGUACUAGUCUGCUAGUCUAGAGGCAAAAUGGCUGAGCAAAAGAAGGCACCACUCUUGAAAAAGGAGGAGGAUUACGUGAAGGCUCUGGAGGGUUUCAUUACGCCCGAUAAGGAUCAGGUUGUCCUGUUGCUGGAUUAUGAUGGCACACUGGCGCCUCUCACCGAGGAGCUGUCCGUCAUGCCCAAGGAUACUGAGAUCAACAUCAAGAAAUUAGCUGCCAACGAAAAGAUCUUCAUGGUUGUGUUCUCCGGCCGUGAACUGAGCGAAAUCAAGAACCAUCUGAAAUUCCCCAAUGUUACCUAUGCGGGCAAUCAUGGUCUGGAGGUUGAAUAUCCUUCCGGCAAGAAGUUCAAGAUCGAAAUGCCCGAAGAGCUGCUGGAGAAGCACAACAAGCUGGUCGCCGAGCUGAAGGAAAAGGUCGUUUGCUCCGGCGCCUGGGUGGAGGACAAGAAGAUCUCGGUGACCUAUCACUACAAGGGUGUCACCGACAAGCUGAAGGCCAAGCUGAUUGCCGAGGCCAAGGGUCUGAUCCAGUCCCAUGGCUUCCAGCUGAUCGAGACGCCCUACGCUCUGGAGGGCAAGCCACGCGUCAACUGGGACAAAGGAGAGGGCGCCAAGAUGAUUCUGGAGAAGCACUUCGAUGCCGACUGGGCCAAGAACUUGAAAAUCAUUUAUGUGGGCGAUGAUACCACCGACGAGGAUGCCAUUAAGGUGCUGCAUGGCAUUGGCAAGACUUUCCGUGUCUCGGAGCUGCCAACGCUGAAGACCUAUGCCAACUAUCAGAUCAAGACCGUCGAGGAGGUUGGCUGGCUGCUGAAAGCCGUUCAGGCCUACUACGAGAAGAAGAAGAAGGUCUAAGCGUUGCGGCUAGCUGUAGCUUAAGCUAAUUCCACACUCACACACACGCACACACACACACAAACAUUAUUAGUUCUUGUCUUACAAAAAAAAAAGAAAAUACAAUAUUUAUUUAUCAUUAUUUUGUAUGUACGUAUGUAAUUUUUACAGAUACAAUCGCUCGUCGCAAAGAAAAAAUAUUGUUUCAUAAACUUUUGUCUGUCCACGAUUCGCAAUAAAACUUUUACAUACUUUAA